AUGACUCGACCCCAGAUGAUCCGAGCAGAUACCCAUGACCUGCAGAACCAUCAGUCGCCCUCCGCCCAAGACCACUCGAGGAAAGCAACCCUCUCGCCCGUGACUGAUGGCCAUCAUGGCUCACACCAAGGCCAGUCCCUACGCAAGGUUGAGCAGGAGGCACACGAUGAGAUGGCAAAGGGCCCGCUAGGUUCCGACGGGAACCCUCAAAUAUAUUCCCACCGCGACGGUCUUGAGGUAUACAGGGAGCACGAUGAGGCAGAUGGAGGCAAGUCCAAUGGUCUGGCGAACGGCGACAUGUCCCAUGAGACAAGGAACGGAAGCUCGACCGAAGAUGAGAUGGAUGGGGAAGAUGACGAUCAGGACCUGGACGAUGACAUGAUGGAUAAGAUAUCGAGCUCUCCAUCAAUUGACGAUGAGGACAUUGACUUCGAAUUCGUCUAUGCUUUGCAUACAUUCAUCGCAACCGUCGAAGGCCAGGCCAAUGCCACAAAGGGCGACACCAUGGUUCUUCUUGACGACAGCAACAGCUACUGGUGGCUGGUGCGAGUUGUCAAAGACGGGAGCAUAGGAUAUCUACCCGCUGAACACAUUGAGACGCCGACAGAGAGGCUGGCGCGUCUCAACAAACAUCGUAACAUUGAUCUAUCUGCCACCAUGUUAGGUGACAACGCUGAGAAGUCGAAAAACCCCCUGAGAAUAGCCAUGCGCCGUAGACACGGCAAAACGGUCACCUUCAAUGACCCACUUUGCUUUGAGGCCGAAGAAGUUCCGAUUGACUAUUCAACUGGCUCGGAGGAAGAAGAAGAUCGAUUCCUGGAAGACGAUGAUGAGGAAGAGGAAGAGGAAGAGGAGGAAGAAGAGGACGACGAGGUACAUGAGAAGUCCGCGCGUGCAAACAAACAGCAACAAGAAGCCUCAAGGAAAGAUGAUGACAUGGCGGUCGAACCUCUACGACCGAAACAACACCAGAAGGAGCUGGCCACACUGCACGAAGAUCAGCCUGAACCAAGGGAAAGCAUGGAGGACCAGUAUAAUGAUGAUCUCGAUGUUCCGCACGGCCGAUCUAGGAAUGGGGUGGUCCGGAAUACAGAUUCAUUCUUCAAGGACGAUACCCUUGAAACAAAGAAAAUCUCUCUCACUCCGAACCUCCUACGUGACGAUUCACUCAGCACCCAACAAUCAGCCGAACAGAAAGAGGCAAGAGUCCGUGGAAGUUUUGAAUCAUACGACAAGGCAUCGCUCUCUGACAAGGGCAAAGAUGACAAGAAGCGCAAGGACAAGAAACCCGGGAUGCUUAGCGGUUUAUUCAAGAGGAGAGACCGCAAGACCAAGGCCACGGACGAUGAUGAAGACCAAGAGAAGGUUUCUGAAGAGUCUAUCAGAUCGAUAACUCCAACCAGUACCACGAGUGACUUUGGCAAGGAAGGAUCUAAACCUCAGACUACUCUACAAAGGACCCCAAGCAAGUUUCAGAAACCUCCUCCUGGCGAAGUACAGGCCACUACCACAAAGAACGAACAUGCGCAAGCGGUGGCGAGGCAGGAGACUGCAGCAACCCAAUCGCCAACGGGAGCUAAGCAACACUCUCCAGCUCAUGUUCAGCAGCAGCAGCAGCAGCAGCAAUCCCAGCGGACACAGCCGCGAUCUACUUCCGCACAGGAGACACGAGUACGGUCUCCAGAAGUACUCAAGCCACUUACCAAUAUGCAAGAUCGAUCACCGCAAGACCGAUCGCUACAAGAUCGACAAAUCCAAGACCGACAAAUCCAAGAUCGAUCAAUCCAAGAGAAACCCGAACCCAAUGCCACCCCUAUCAAAGAGCCUCGUACUUCUUCGGAAUCUCCUGCCGACAUUGCCAUCCACCCACCAACAACAGGAUCCCAGCACCAAUACGCAUCCACACAGGCAUCUAACUACUCUGCACCUCCAAACAAACAACAAGCUAACGUACCCCAGCAUACGGACCCAACCCACCAAGACCGUGAUUUCAGUUACGACGAUAGCUUCGAGGAUCACAACACUUCCUCCGGCAAAGACCGCUAUGCAACCAAACCCACCGUUUCCCCGUCUCCCACAGUUUCCCCAGCUUUCUCACAAGAUCCCACACUCGAAGAUGAUAGAAGCCAAGCACAUUCUGUAUCACCAUCGGCAAGCAUCCUCCCUGCAUGGAACGACAGCGGACUACGCGCAUACAUGGAUGAUGGCAGUGAUAUCCGUGAUCUCCUAACCAUCGUACACGACAAGUCCAAUGUGCCUGCUGCCGGCCCAGAUCACCCACUGGUUGGGAGCCUCUUCAGGGAGGAGAGCAAGGCCUUGAACGACAUGUCCAGCCGCUUGGACGACAUGUUGAAUGCAUGGUUGGCGAAGAGCACCCUCGCCGCAUAG